AUGGCGGACGUCGAUACCGAGACGCAGACCCAGACGCCAUCCAACGAAUCCACGCCGCUACUGCCCUCUGACCGACUGUACCUGAACCGGCUGCGGCAGUCGCGCGACUUCAUCGCCUGCCACAUUGUCAAGAUUCACGGCGAGGAGUCCUGGGUGUGGAGCCUGCGACGCCACCUGCAGCGCUUCCUAAGUAGCAAAUACGGCCACUAUUUUGUCAUCCUGCUCGUCUCGGCGGAUAUCAGCUGCAUCUUCGCCGACUUCCUCAUCUCCCUGCAUAUCUGCGAGCAUGCGGGUGACAAGGGCUUCGAUCUCCGCGCCUGGCAGAAGGCCAACGACGUCUUGGGAUUUAUCAGCCUUGCCUUCUCCUGCCUCUUCAUGGCCGAAUUGCUGGGGAGCGUCUUUGCUUUCGGGCUUGAAUACUUCCGCUUUAAGUUCCACAUGUUCGAUGCCCUGGUCAUCCUGGCAGCCUUUAUCAUCGACGUUCUUCUGCGCGGACCUCUCGAGGAAGCUGGCUCGCUGGUCGUGGUCUUUCGGCUGUGGCGCAUCUUCAAGAUCAUCGAGGAGUUCUCCACUGGUGCCAACGACGAGCUGGAAGAUCUACAAGAGCGCAUCGAGGCUUUGGAACGCGAGAAAGACGAGGUUAUCAAGGAGAACCAACAGUUGAGGUAUAGGACAAGCUACGCUGAUGGCGGGCAUCAAAGCGACGGCCCCAAUGGUGAUGGCUCGGCGAGAUGA